CCGCCCCGCCUCCAACUCGUUCGAGCAGGGUUGGGCUAUACGGGCGCGCUCUCGGGGACAGGGGGGGCAGUCCCGGUCCCGGCCCUCCGCGCGGGUGGGCUUGGAGCAGGCCGCACCGGGCGGGAACCCCACUCCCACCCCGGAGGCCCCCUGCCCUUUCUCCCCCUUUCCCCCCGGCCCAUGGUGCGAGGCUGGGAGCCGCCGCCCGGGCCGGACCGCGCUAUCUCUGAAGGGCACAAAUCAGAAAGCACCAUGCCUCCUAAUAAAGAGGCCAGCAGUCUUAAUAGCUCCCCAGCGGGGCUCAUCUGUCUGCCUCCAAUCUCCGAGGAGCUACAGCUUGUGUGGACCCAAGCAGCCCAGACCAGUGAGCUGGAUGGCAAUGAACACUUGCUACAAACCUUCAGCUACUUUCCCUAUCCCAGUCUAGCAGACAUUGCCCUUCUCUGCUUACGCUAUGGGCUGCAGAUGGAGAAAGUCAAGACUUGGUUCAUGGCCCAGCGCCUCCGCUGUGGCAUUAGCUGGUCAUCUGAAGAAAUAGAAGAGACUCGAGCCCGAGUGGUCUACCAUCGGGACCAGCUCCAUUUCAAAUCCCUUCUCUCUUUUACUCAUCAUGCAGGGCGGCCCCCAGAGGAGGUGCCUCCUCCAUUGCCACCUCCAGAACAAGUGGGUCUUGGAAUAGUACCCCUGACUCUUAGUGAGCCGACCCAAAUGAAAGGAUUGAAGGUAGAACCUGAGGAGUCCUCAGAGCUGCUGAGUCACCAGAAAGCAAAGGAACCCCUGAUGGCACCUGGCAGUGGGGCAUUCCCCCACCAAUCAGAUUUUUGGCAGGAUCUUCAAAGCAGUGGCUUCUCUAAGGAGCAGGCAGGCAGGGGUCCCCACCAGUCACAUGGCCUAGGUUCUGCUUCCUGGAACCACUCCACAGCUGUCCACCAGCCACAUGCUCGGGAUAAGCCCCCACCAAUCUCACUACUUGCUAGUAGUUGUAAGCAGGAGUCAACAUCUAAUAUGACUCCUCCUUCUCCCUCUACCUCUUCUUCCACUUUCCCGGUACUGGCUAAUGGAGCUACUGCCACCUCUAAACCCCUCCAGUCACUAGGCUGUAUCUCACAGCCACUGUCACCCAGUGAACAGGCACUGCCCCCACAUCUGGAGCCAGCUUGGCCCCAGGGGCUAAGACAUAACUCAGUACCAGGUAGGGUUGGCCCUGCAGAGUACCUUUCCCCAGAUAUGCAACGCCAGCGAAAGACCAAGCGCAAAACCAAAGAGCAGCUGGCUAUCCUCAAAUCUUUUUUUUUACAGUGCCAAUGGGCACGGCGUGAGGAUUACCAUAAAUUAGAACAGAUCACUGGUUUACCUCGACCUGAGAUCAUUCAGUGGUUUGGUGACACACGCUAUGCCUUGAAGCAUGGGCAACUAAAAUGGUUUCGGGACAAUGCGGUACCUGGUGCCUCUAGUUUCCAGGACCCAGCAAUUCCCACACCCCCACCUUCAACCCGCUCCUUGAAUGAAUGGGCUGAGACACCACCUCUGCCGAACCCCCCACCCCCACCGGAUAUACGACCCUUGGAGAGGUACUGGGCAGCCCAUCAACAGCUACGGGAAAGUGAUAUCCCUCAACUGAGUCAGGCAUCAAGGCUUAGCACCCAGCAGGUACUGGAUUGGUUUGACUCUCGAUUACCUGAGCCAGCUGAGGUGGUGGUUUGUCUAGAUGAAGAGGAGGAAGAGGAGGAGGAAGAACUGCCAGAAGAUGACGAGGAUGAAGAGGAGGAGGAGGAGGAAGAAGAGGAUGAUGAUGAUGAUGUGAUCAUACAGGACUGAGUUGGAGGGACUAGGGGAGGGAAGGUCUGUUACUAAAAGAUGAACCAACUUAGUAACUGUUUAAACAAAGAAACCACAUUUUUUAAAUUACUUUGUGGCAAAGAAC